AUGAAUCCAAAAUACAUGCUUUUAUCACAGAUGGGAGAAAGAAGGAAACAUUUGUCAAGCGUGCUGCAGAAAUUUAGACUCAUGAGGAAAGUGUACCGGGCUAAAGACCCAAAGAAGGAAUGUCCUGGGGAUGUAUCCUCAUACAAAGUUACAGCUAUAGAAAUGGGCAGACUACUUCUGGCACAUUUUGAAUAUGCUUCUUGGCCUAAUUACUUACACAAAGUAAUCGAACAUGUUCAAGAAAUAAUUGAAAGCACAGAUGGUCCAGGUACAGUAGGUGGUAUAAGCGGCGAAGGGAAUGAGUGUGGGAACAAGAUUUUCAGACAUAUGCGGAAAAACAUGGCAAGAAAGGGAAACACUCAAGGUGGUCUAAGGGACGUGUUGUGGUGUCACUGGCUUUACAGUAGUCCAGAACUUACAAGUCUUGCUUUAGUAACAUUGAAACAGUCUAGAUGUAGUUUGUGUUUGGAGUUGGCUAAUUUCUUACGAGAUGAUACGCGUGGUCUAGGUUGA